AUGACGACAGAGACGUGCAGUCUUUUGUCGGCCGGACAGUCCGAAUACGGCGCCGCGCCGUCGAUGAUGUCGGCGUUGGAAUCCGUGGAUCCGGUCACGAUUACCUGGCAUAACAUCUCGUAUAAAGCACUGAAAAGUGAAGAAGAAUCGAUAGAAUUUCAGAAUUCACGCCGAAAAAUCGAAUAAACCGAUUUUGAAGGGAGUUUCCGGAAUCGCAAGGCCCGGACAGCUUUUGGCCUUGAUGGGCGCCAGGUAAAUCAUUUUUGAAGUCCUACAAAUCUUUAAAAAAAUUGUAUUUGCCAAAGCUAGAUUUCCUACCUAAUUUCUUCAAAAUUUGCAGCGGUGCCGGCAAAACGACCCUCCUGAAUAUGUUGCUCUCCAGAAACCUAAAAGGGCUCGAAACUGCCGGAAGUGUGAAAGUGAACGGCCACGAGGUACGUUUUCUGUCCAAUUUUUUGGAAAAAAGCGCGGAAAAGUCGUUUCAGAUGGGCCGCGGAAUCACUACGAUUUCCGGAUAUGCUCAGCAGGACGAGCUGUUCGUCGGAACGCUCACCGUCAAGGAAUAUCUCGAUAUUCAGGUGAGAAGAUCAGGGGAAAAAUGCUCAUUCCGAUGAUAUUAUAGUAAAAACAAAGAAAACUAAUUUUUCCUUGAUUUAACGCUUUUCAAAUUUUUAAAUGUUCUUCUAAAUUUUUGAUGAAACAGCAUUUUUCCCACAAAUUUCACAGCUGACGUUUUUCGGUCUAAAUUAUUUUGAAAACAUUCCGUCGGACAGCAUCAUUUUUCCUGAAUUUCAGGCGAAAUUGCGAGUGAACGGAGACGCAGAGAAACGAAGACGUCGAGUCGGAAAUGUGAUGGCCCAAUUGGGACUUUACAAGUGUCAGCACACGAGAAUCGGAUCGAUCGGCGGGCAAAAAGGCAUUUCAGGUGGGGGGAAAUUCGGAUGGAAAAUGUACCGAUAAUCUGUGUUUAGGCGGUGAGAUGCGUCGUCUGACGUUCGCGUGCGAGCUGCUCUCCAAUCCGUCGGUCCUUUUCUGCGACGAGCCCACAACCGGUCUGGACUCGUUCAUGGCCGAAUCCGUCGUCCAAGUGCUCUCGAAUCUGGCAAAAUCCGGCCGCACGGUCAUUUGCACCAUCCAUCAGCCGUCCUCUCAGCUCUAUUUGAUGUUCGACAGAGUCAUGUUCAUGGCCGGCGGAAAGACCGCCUUUCUGGGGGCCCCCCGUGAGGCCAUUCAGGUUCUUUUCUCGGUAGAAUUCUAUUUCAGUUGGCUUCCUUUUUGCAGUUCUUCGAAGAUUCGGGCUUCUCGUGUCCGCGCAACUUCAAUCCGGCCGAUCUGAUCAUUCACACGCUGGCGGUGAUGCCAAACGAGGAGGAAGUGUGCAGGCAGAGAAUCGAAGUCAUCUGCUCGAAAUUCGAGAAUAGGUACGCGCUGUUUCGCUGCGAAAUCUAGCUUUUAUCGAUCAUCUACAAGGUAUUCUUUUUGCUACAAAUGCCAUCGAAAAUUGCAGUUCGUACGGCCGAACACUCAAAUUCGGACUGGACAAGACGGAGGCGGGCCAGAAGCCGUCGGAACGUCGGAAGACGGGAAUAUGCACUCAAAUCGGCGCGCUUCUCGAGCGGGCGAUGAUCGACACGUGGCGGAAUCCGUCGCUGACCAGGGCCAAAGUCAUUCAGAAGACCAUCAUGGGCGUCUUCAUCGGUUUACUCUAUCUUCAGGUACCGAAAAAGUGUAUUUCUUGCAAUUUUGCUACUAUGAAAGAGCUCAUCAAAAGGGAAAAUUUGCAGAGUCCACUAACUUCUAUCGGAAUUUCCAAUUUGAACGGAGCGCUUUUUUAUCUCGUCUGCGAACUCACCUAUUCCACUAUUUUCGGUUCGUUUAUUUUUGUUAUCGUAAUUUCUAUCGUAAUUUAUCAACGAACGCGCAUCAAGUCUAUAUUAGGCAGCCUAAUUUACAAUUUUUCUGAAACUUCAAACAUUUUCGGCGUUUUCCUCGAAAAUGAUCCAAUUGUGUGCAGGAAUCCUGAACUUUCUGCCGACGGACUUUCCACUCGUCUCGCGGGAAUACCACGACGGUCUCUACUCUGUUUUCUCGUAUUACGUCGCCCGCUGCCUCUCCUACCUGCCUCUCUUCACCGCCGACGGACUCGUCAUGCUGCUCGUCUCCUACUGGCUCGUCGGAUUCUCCAACUCACUCACGCAGGUACUCCUCCUCCCUUUUAAUCCGUUCUUUUCAGACAUUCUCUCAAAAAGCUGUCCUGUGGUUUUGGAUCGGACCCAGAAAUUGUUUCUCCAGUUUCAGCUCUAUAGGAUAAUCUGAUCUGACCGAUGUUUCAGUCCAUCGCUAGACGAGAUGAUUCAUUUGAGCCCGAAAUUGUCCUGGAGACACUUCACACCAACGGCAAUGCCCAAACAGUUUUUGGGUCCGAUCGGUCAACUGGAAGUGGGCAAAAAAGACAGACAGGCAUAAUUUAGUUGUUCUCAAUAAUGCACAAUAUUCGCAAAAAAAUGUAUAAAUUCGUUGAAACUGCAAAUAAAUGUUUUCAGGUGCUCUUCGCGUGUCUCAUCGCGUUCCUCAUCGAACAAUCGUCUUCUGCGUGCGGAAUCAUGAUCUCCUGUGUCGCUCCGUCACUUCCGGUUGGUUUUUCAGAGAAAAAUAUCAUUUUUCGUGACACUUUAAGAAAAAUCAAUGUCUAGAUGAUUUUGGAUGAAAAACUUGCAAAACGCUUUUUUGUUUGAAUUCUUCAAUCAUUUGAAUGAAUAUUUUUCCAAUCAGAUCGCCAUGUCGACGGCGGGUCCGAUGCUCACACUGCUCUCGCUAACCGGAGGUCUCUACGCGAACGUCGGAGCACUUCCCUCUUAUAUUUCGUGGAUUCAGUACCUCUCCUGGUUCAGGUACCUUCUUUUCCUCUUCAAAAACUGCUUUUAGUGAAAAGUUUAUGAAAACUGGAGUUUUUUUCGAAUUAAAUAAAUACUAAAUGCGUUUUUGCAGAUACGGCUUCGAGGCGUUCGCCAUCAAUCAGUGGAGCAGUGUAAAUGAGCCAAAUACGACCAUUUGGACUGAUGAGGUUAGAGAGCGUUCCCCGAAAGAAGCGACGAGAAACCGCAAAAAUUUUGACCUGAAAAAACCGCAAUACAUUUGCAGAAGCGUGAUUCGGUGCUGUCGAAAUUGUCGUUCCGCGCCGAAAUGUUCUAUCCGGAUCUGGCGAUAAUGUCGGCGUUCAUCGUCGGAUUCUACACGAUCGGAUACAUUGGACUGGCCUAUCGCGUCAGCAAAGCACGCUGA